ACUCGGUUGCAUUCCUUUAUUGUCGUUCGCGCGUGGAAAAACGGCGCCUUGGAUUCGGUUUGUUUCGAGAAAGUGGAAACAGAUUAGAUUUUUUUGUCCGUUUUGCGGGUUGUGGAGGGUACGCAUCGGUACCUUGUACCGUAAUUUCGGAAGGCGACAUCAUUGAACGCGGGCGCGUGCUUAGUGCGUUGAAGGACUUCGAUCGUUAUUGGAACGGUGGCGUAAAAGGCUGAUUCGGUGGAUGCUGCUUGCGGUUUUAAAGUUCGUUUGAAAAUUGUGUUUUCUGCCGAUUGAUAUUUCGUUCUUCAGAAUGGGGACCAAUGUAAUAAUGUUUUUAAAGCUAACAACCAUCGUUUUGCUUUCGGUAGAAGUUUUUGCUUCUAAAGAAACAUCACCUAAAUCAAGUACGCAGUCAUUGCCAUCGAAACCGCAAUCGAAAAUCCCUCAUGGCAAACGUGAAGCACCUGCUGGAUAUGGACCCUCGGACUACUUCAACUCUGGUCAUACAGGCUUCAACUACAAUGUGGCGCAGCCUUCAUUCAGUCUUCCACAAUACACAGGCCAAAAAUACUUUACGGCGCCAUUCAAAUUCCCCCCAACCCAACCGGCUUACUUUUCUCCAGCGAAUCACGGAUUCAACUCGUUUGCAGAAAACUCAGUGAAAUAUAGCAUCGGAUCGAAAGAACUUUCGGACCUACUUAAGGCUUUACACUCGCCAACUCCUGCUAUCUCAAUCAAAGCCAUUCCGUCUGGUCACGGCUGGGAUACAUCUCAUGGUUUUGACUCAUUUUCUCAAUAUAAACCGACUAUGAUUAAGAUUCAUGAAAUACCAUCGCACUCCUUCGGAGCACCACUAGGGCCAGCUCCAGUGAACUCGUACUACUCCCACGGCUAUGGAGCUCUCCAGCAACCAGAACCAUCAUAUGCUGCUGGACUCAAAGGACUGCGACACUACGCCUCAUCGUACAACUCGGCGAUCCCUGAUUUGUACUCCGGAAACAAAUACAUCUCCUCCAUCAAACCAUUAACCGUUCAGACUCCUGUGCAAGUGCUAUCCCCCUUACACACGUCCGUCCAGCCACAGAAACCGUUCAAACCAUCAACCUACCUAGGAUCUACCAAUGACUCACCAGAUUACUCCCAUACUCAAGCUCCAACAUCCACUUCAAUCCACAACAACUACCUUGCGCCCAGUCUCCAGUACCUUCCACCGAAAGCCCAGAAUAAAGUAACUUUCGAACAACCCUCGAAAACUUACCUCCCCCCCUUACCAUCCAGCCCCAGUAACUCCUACCUUCCAGCGAAGCCGUCCAACACAUACCUACCGGCAACGCCUAGCAGCAUCAACUACAUACCAACGAGCUCCCACGACGACAACACCAAACACCUACAGCAUCUACAUCAUCAUCACAGCUCGGGGGAGUCCAACGAAUCGUACGAUUACGCGGCAUCGGCACCAACCGAGUCUGUCGUCAAGCACAGCCGCCAUCCGUGGCAACCGUAAGCAGUAUUUAUUUCCCGAGAUUAGUUUCGAACGCUGAAAAUUUUCCAAAGACUUCUGUUUUCUUUUCUAAUAUACGUUUUAAAUGGAACGGUAGCGUGCGAGCGAAAUGCAUUUAUAGAAAGGUUCUAUAGUGAGAGUGGGUACGGCACUGGAAAAUGUUAGAGGAAUGGGUAGUGUGGUUUGUCUGUGGCACGAAUCACAAAAUCAUGGCCACGCGGACAAGAGUUGGAUAUUGCCAUUAUAAAUUUGAUGUAACCAUUGUUAGGUUAGGUUAAUAUUUGAACGAAAAAGUUUAUGAGAGUUUUAGACGUCUAACAGAAUUAUAUAUGGAAUAAUAAUUCUAGUGAUAGGACUGUGUGCAUCGAAUACACUCUUUUUAUGUAUACUACUACUCAUUGUAAUACUAUUUAUAUGAGAUCGAAUCGAAAAAUAAAAUUCUGAAAUUGAAA